AUGGGGAGGCGAGGACGACCACCAAAGGUGGUGUCGACGCUGUCAUCAGCCAUCAGCAACAAUGAUGAUGACAUACCAUCUGAAACCAACGCGAAUGCAAGCAAAACACAACAUGGAGGAGAAGAGCCAACAAAGGAGAUUGUGGAAGAACAGGAAAGCAGCAAAUCUGGAACCCUAAUUUCACCAAAAGGGGCAACAGAACCUAGAAGACUAUGGGUAGAUGUUAUAAGUGGAAAUCGGAAUCCUAAGAACGGGUUAACACUGGAAUUCAUUGCACCAAUGAUUGUCAAUGGUAUUGCAGAGGUACGUAUUGAAGAAGCAGACACUGUAACAGAGGUGAAAUUCUGGGAGACGGCAUUGAUCAUGUAUGUAAUGGGAGGUGAUUUAAGUAUGAACAUGGUCAAACAAUUCAUGCUAAAACAAUGGAAUUUCAUUAAGUUUCCUGACAUGUAUUACAACAACAAAGGAUAUUUUGUAUUGAGAUUUCAUUCACACAAGGAGAGGGAUGAUGUACUCAUGAAAGGGCCUUACACCAUACGCAAUAUGUCGAUGCUGUUAGCUGAAUGGAAACCAAACUUCAAUUUGAAGAAUGAUAUGUUACGUACAAUCCCGGUUUGGAUUCAACCUCCUCAACUGCUGUUGCACCUAUGGGAAGCAAAAAGUUUAGGGAAGAUAGCGAGUGUGUUGGGCACCCCGUUGAUGACUGAUGAAUGCACCGCGAACAAAUACUGUAUCUCGUAUGCUAGAGUUCUAGUAGAAGUUGAUGUUACACAAGAACUCAUUGCUGAAAUCACUAUAACGGAUGAGAAAGGAGAGAAGAUGCAACAACGAAUAGAAUAUGAAUGGAGGCCUCCAUACUGCACAAAAUGCCAACGGAUUGGGCAUAAAUGUGAAGAGAAGCAACUAAGGAACCCAACCAAGCAGUGGAUCCCUAAAGAGAAGAAGCACCAAGAUGAUAGGGUGGCUGAUAAGGAAGUGGAGACCUUGAAGACACCGACAUAG